UCUCUCUCUCUCUCUAUACACAUCUUCUCCAAUUUCAGUUCUUGGAAAAAAUGAACAGCUACAUAAAACCGAAUGGCGGCGGUGGCGGCGGCGGCGGAGGUGGGUCAGGUUCUCAUCGUCUAAAGCUCGGAGCUUUCCUUCAUUCAGAUCCCGCACUUUCAAACAGUCUCAAGGAAUCCCAUUCCCGUCCUAGCAAUUCGUCUCUUGGAAGCCCGUUUCGCGGCGGCGGCGGAAGCGGCGAUAGAUCUCCCGAUGAAAUGACCGAUUUCGCCCCUUCACCUUCUCCUUACAUAAUGUCGCCCUAUGCAAAAUCGCCAUGGUCUUUGGCUCCUAAUCUUCUUCCUUCAAAUCAUAACGGCCUCAUUUACACUCUAGUCCGUGAAGAGGGUCAUGUCUAUUCACUCGCCGCUUCCGACGACUUUCUCUUUACCGGAUCGGAAAGCAAGAACAUCCGGGUAUGGAAACAAAUGAAGGAAUUCUCCGGUUUCAAAUCUAACAGCGGCCUUGUCAAAGCCAUAGUCAUUGCCGGCGACAAAAUAUUCACCGGUCAUCAAGACGGUAAAAUCCGUGUCUGGAAAUUCUCACCGGAAAAUACCAAAAAUCCUCACCGGCGACUCGGAACCCUUCCCCGAAUUAGAGAUUACAUCAAAAGCGCUUUCAACCCUAAUAACUACGUUCAAGUACGGCGACACGUAAGCGUUCCAUGGAUAAAACAUUACGACGCCGUUUCAUGCAUGAGUUUGGACGAAAAACAGGGAAUUCUUUAUUCCGGUUCAUGGGACAAAACAUUCAAAGUUUGGAGACUUUCCGAUUCAAAAUGUUUGGAAUCUGUUAUAGCCCAUCACGACGCCGUUAAUUCAAUCGUAACCGGAUUUGAUUGUCUCGUAUUCACCGGUUCAGCCGACGGGACGGUGAAGGUUUGGAGAAGGGAAUUAAUGGGGAAAACAACAAAGCACGUUCUUGUUCAAACGUUGUUGGAACAAGAGAGUGCCGUGACGGCGUUAGCGACGGUGAUUCCUCAAGGAUUGAUUUACAGUGGGUCAUCAGAUGGGCUCGUAAAUUUCUGGGAAUCGAAGAAGAGAUUAUCUCACGGCGGCGUUUUACAUGGUCACAGGGCGGCGGUGCUCUGUCUCUCCGUGGCGGGUAAUUUGGUAUUGAGUGGAUCCGCCGACAAGAGCAUUUGUGUAUGGAAAAGAAACAUGGGAGGUGACCAUAGUUUCUUGUCGAUGUUAACCGGGCACGGCGGUCCAAUAAAGUGUUUGGUAAUGAAGGAGGAUUGUGAACCGACGUCGGAAGGGGAUAGGAAAUGGACUGUGUAUAGUGGAAGUUUGGAUAACUCGGUUAAGGUAUGGAGGGUUUUGGACGAGCAAAUGUGAAAGUGUAAUUCACGCGCCGCCGCCGUGAAGUGGCGGUGAAGAAGAAGAAGAAUGGUAGAUUGAAGUACAAGUUGAUGAAUGAGAGGCCCGGUUCAGGUCCCAAAUUGAAAAAAAGUCGGUGAAUGGUGGGGUCCAUUACUAAUUUUGUUUGUCGUUGUUUAAGAUUGAUUUUUUUUUUUUAUAUUACGACAGCUUCCAGAAUCAGCAUGCCACAUCAUCAUCAUGAUCAUAUAAUGUACAGUCAUUUUCCUGGUAUAAAAAUAAAGAGAUAAUUAAUAGUGCA